UAGUGUGCUUGUUUGAAUUCUUGAGUUUGUAUCAGCAAUGGCGGAAGAAAAGCAGGGAGAGCUUAGUGUGGUGAUGUUUCCAUGGCUUGCCCACGGUCACAUAACGCCUUUCCUUGAGCUUGCCAAAAUCCUGGCCACUCACGGUCUUAAAAUCUUCUUUGUUUCAACUCCACUGAAUAUCAAACGGAUUAAACCGCGAGUGUUGGAUGCACAAGGGAUAGAGCUGGUGGAAUUGGGGAUGCCCUCCGUGGAAGGACUGCCACCAGGCGUAGAGUCCUCCGCUGAUGUUGUGAAGAGAGCAGAAGCACCACUAAUACUACCUUUACUCACAGUCGCCAUCGACCUUUUGGAGAAGCCAUUUGAAACGCUGUUGCAAAAGCUGUCACCAGAUUUUGUGAUGUACGAUGUGAUGCAGUUCUGGGUUCCUCGUGUGGCCAAUCCCAUUCCCGCCAUAUUGUUUCUGACAAUGGGAGCGACAGGUUUCAGCUAUUGGGAAGGACAGCUACACAUCGCAUCGGGAAAUCGAACUGUCAAGGAUCUUACCCUAUCGCCCCCCGGAUUCCCUUCACCCAAUAUUCACUUGACGUUGUUCGAAGCACGGAGGGCCCAUUUUCAUAUAUACGAGAAGCACGCAGGUGGCCUUAGCGUCGCCGAGCGCUCCAGCAUAUGCUUGCGGGAGAGCUGGGCAGUUGCAUGCAAUACGUGUUUGGAGUUGGAAGGGGUGUACGUCGAGUAUUUGCAGAGCCUGGUGAAGCGGCCAGUCAUCCCUGUUGGGUUACUCAUGCCUCAACUCCCGCCAAUCCCCAUUGAUGAUAUUUGCUUGAAGUGGCUCGAUAGGCAGCCUGCUGCUUCAGUGGUGGUCUUGUCUUUUGGCAGCGAGUACAAUCUCACUCACCAAGAGCUCGCCCCAAUUGCUAUGGGUCUGCUGGAGAGCAAAGUGUCGUUCCUCUGGGUUCUGCCUGCCGGACUCGACUUGCUGCCAGGCUUCCAAGAUCAUAUCGGGGAAAAGGGAUUGGUGGUGACAAAGUGGGUUCCGCAGUUACACAUUUUGAAUCAUUUUUCUAUCGGUGCGUUUCUCACUCAUUGUGGGUGGAAUUCAAUGACAGAAGGGUUAAGAUUUGGGGUGCCAUUCAUAACUCUUCCAAUGCAAUUUGAGCAAGGGUUAAAUGCAAAGCUUGCAGAAGAGAUUAAGGUCGGGGUAAAAGUGAGAAGAAAUGAAGAAGAUGGAAGUUUUACUAAAGAGGAUAUUAGUAAAGCAAUUAGAGUCUUAAUGAUAGAAGAAGAAGGAGCCCAAAUAAAAUCUAAUGUCACAAAGAUAAGUUGCAUGUUGAUGGGCAAACAUUUUCAAGUUGGUAAAAGAAACUUGAGGAAUUUUGUUUCUAUCCUCAAAAAAUUUAAUAAAUAACUAGGUUAAUAAGGUCUGCCUUAAACCACACACACUAAGUAACAUAUUAAGCUUAGAGAAUGGUUGUCAACUCUGAGUGUUUAACACUUUUAAGCCUAGAAGUGUAUUCUUAGUGUGACCACACACAUAAAGAACCUUAUUAAGCCUAGAAAAUGUCAAUCAACUCUGAAUGUUUAACACUUUUAAGCCUAGAAGUGUAAGCUUAGUGUGUGUGGUUUAAGUUGUUUCAGUUAAUAGGCCUAAAUUUGUCUCUAUUGUCAUAGCAUUUGGAGAAUCAUUACGUGAAUAUUGUUGGAUUUUGUGAUCUUAUGAUUUAGAAACCCUAGUGUGUUAGAUUGUUACAUUGUGUUUGU